CGACCGCCCUGUGUUACCAGCUCUCGUGGCUCAACAACGGCCCUCGGCGGCAGCACGCCUGGGCCAAGGCUUUCGGCCACAGUCCGCAGGAUGGAUCCCGAUUACGCGGCAGACACUGCAACCUGGUGCGCCUCAGCAGCUGCUGAGGUGUUGCGUAUGCAGCACAAAGUUCACGACCUGCAGGGCGACGGCGAUGGCUAGAACAUCAGCUUCGCCUGGCAUAUUCGGACGAAGCCGGCCAGGCUGGCACAUGAAUGAAAUCCUCUAUCUGCCAUGGGUUUAUAAAUACUUCGUAUCGGACAACGGUCGUCAGAUGCCUCUUGGACAACACCGCAAUCUGAUCCGCCUUCUCCUCAAGUUUCAGAGCAGGUACCAACCAUCACUCCAACAUGAAGCUCGCCACAAUCACCGCUCUAGUCGCCAGUCUUGGCCUCGCAAGCGCCGCCCCGGGUUUGGCUCCUGCCAAGGCUGUUGGCGUCUUGCACAUGUUGUCCAAGAAGUGGAACUACGACGUCUGCAACAACAACUGCGCUCUUUCGGGUGUCGCCAUGCCUGACGUCAACACAUUCCAGCUCCCUCUUGAGAACAACUACUCUCAGCAGUGCCCCCCAAUCUCCAUCUCGCUGCCCGAUCGCAGCACCGUCACUUCCCAGGUCUGCCUGGACUUUGUCGGCACGAACCUCUAUUUCAACUUUUCGUCCUUCCCUGGCUACACGACCAAGGCCGCGUCCGUGGCUUGGGGGCUGAAGGGCAAUGUGGACGACCCCUCCAGCUGGAGCAGCGGCCCUCCGUCGACCAACCUCCCGUGCACUCAGGGGGCUUCCGGCUUUGUCUGCGUGUUGCCCUUCGCAUCCAUCUUGGGCCUCACUGGCAGCGUCGCCACUACCGAUCUGUUGGCUGGAAUGUGCCCCAAUGGCGCCCGCGAGGCCCUCGACCUCUUCCUGUCUUUCUCCGGAUCAGCCCAGGCCACUGGUUCCUCUACCACAGUGGACUUCAACAGCCUGCCUCCUUGCACAACUCGCGACGCAAGCGGGACAUGCACAGCCUCCUCGACUACCCAGAACUACUUUGAAAUGAGCUACCGCUGCUCCAGUUGCGAGGCCGCCCCUUGCGCAUCAAGCUCCUCGUCCUCCACCUCCACUUCCACCACCUCCUCCACCUCUACCUCCGUCUCCACCACUACCUCCACCUCGACUUCGUCCACGGCAUCGUCCUCCCCGUCCCCCAAGCCAUGCGGCUUUGGCACGGCCUUUGGCUACCAGAACCCCUACGGCAACUGCAAGAAGUCCUACACCCUCAACACCCAGAGCGGCCAGGGCUGCAACCGGUGGGGCUGGUACGAGACCCCCAGCUCGCAGGACCUGCGCAGCGGCAUCGGCGGCCCUCUGUACGUCGGCGCGGGCGGCAACGACAUCUCCAAGGCCAUCGAUGUGGGCACCUGGUCGGCAAAGCUCAACAGCCAGGGCCGCGUCGUCGUCACCUACGCCCUCGACGCCGGAUAUUCGCUGUCCGAGGCCCACGUGGACGUCGAGUGCCUGCCCAUCGACAAGUGCGCCCCCGGCCAGUACACGUACAACUCGGGCGCCAUUGCCAACCUGCGCACGUGGACCACCAGCCCGAUCCCGUACCCUCCGUCUUGCUCGGGCAACAACAAGGUCGCGCUGAUUGUUCACGCCGCGGUCAACAAGCUGACAAGCGCCAACACUUGCCCAGCCCCAAAGUGCACUUAAGAACAAACAGCUGAGUGCUGGGCAUGGUGGAGCACGGGGGUCAAGAGGCUUGGAAGUUAGGGGAGGGCUAGAGAGAGCUGAAUUGAAAGGAGGACGUUGUGUAAAGAUAAUUUUUUCGAAAGUUUUAUAAAAUUCCAGAUGUCAAGUA